GGUGUGCGUGGCCCGGAUAGUGGAGGAGACUACGAAGAAAGCCACGGGAAGAGCAUUUACAAAUGCUUCCUUCUGACCGUGUUGAUUACUUUGACCAGGGCCAACUUUCGAAGCAGAAUGCAAAUGUCAAUGACGUUACUAAAAGAGAGAGACCAUUCAUUUCGAUUUCGCAACAAAUCAUUCAGACAAAUUUGGAUUGCAAAGUAUUAGAUGAUUUUACGUGAAUUUCUAUUCUAAAGAAACAUUUAAUAAUCACGGAUGUUAUUGACGUAACUUUUCUUCUCCACGUACACUAGAGAUUAACUGAAUAAUCUCUUAUUAUAUUAUAAUGACAUGAUAAAUUACUAUUCGUAAAAGUACACCUGACGUAAUCGAAUACGGCGAGCACAAUUGUUUCUUCUACUUUAUGUAAUUGUUACCCUUAUUUAUUAUUCUAUUUAUCAUAAUAUCCAAGAAUACACACAUAUAUUACAUCGUCUAAAAAGUAUUUCAUGUGAAAGGUACCAGAUCGUCUGAACAGCCGUCAGAAUGUGCGACAAUGGAAUAAUAGAAAUAAGUUAGAAAAACCUUUUUGUAAAUACGCGAACGUCAGGGGGCCCCGUGACACACAUCAAUGGCAGCGUACUAACGGUAUCCUGAGAGUGACCUACUCUCGGUCGAAGCUCUCUCGCUCUCUCCCUCUGCCACUCUUACACAGAGUCUCUCCUCCCCACUGGCCUAAGUGUAUCCACUAUUUCACCGACUCGAUCGGGGUACACUUUUUCCUUGAACUUCCUUCGAUGGCUACCCGGCCGAUUAUAGGCAGUAAUGAAAGCCCCCUUGCUCGCGAAGGUGCUGUCAUGUAGACCUGCCUCGUGGACCCAGCAAGCAACCCCCUCGAUCACAAUCACUACAAGUGACGAGAUAGUAUUGAGACUUGGUGUACAGAUCUUGGAUCCUUUAUCUACCUGGUGCAAGAUAAUCAGGAAUAAUGAAACCUCUAGUCCUAACGAUUUUCCUGGCGAUCGCACUCCGACUAGUAAGAUCACAAGGAGGCGGUGGUCCCAGCAGUUUUGGAUACGAUGCGUCAUCUGCUUGUAGCAAACCUUACUCCAGGGCAGCCAGGGCACGUUUUCAAAGUUUACCAUGUGACUUCCGUCAGCAAAACUGGUGCACCGUUGCUGGUAGCGCCUAUCCCUGGCAUGCGGUGCGCAGAUUUGUUCAGGAGAACCAGGGUCUGAUGAGACGUAUGUACGGAGAUGAGAGACACAUAAACAUCCUUAGGACGGAAUUGGAGAAGAACGAUAUCGAGAUUGAGUUCGAUGACCGGUACCAUCGUUUCUCUGAGGAUUCCAGGCAGUUCCAAUACGAGGAUGAGUAUGAAUUCGAGGAUGAGGAACGGGAGUUAUUUGAGAACAACGAGGAAGCCGAAGGACGUGGUUUUACUAGUAGAGCUUUCGAAGAUGUCGGCUCAAGGAGGUUUAGUAAAUUUCCAAAAUUGGGUGAAUACACUAGACCGCACUUUCGACCAACUGGAAAUCCAACCACAACCACUACUACCAGCAGCACCAGUGGGACAACUGGAAAAACUACUGAUACCAGCCCAGAGAAGAUCACCACGAAAUUGACUCUCAUCGAGACAGUUAAAAAUUUGUCCCCUGAGGAUAAGAAAAAAAAUGCUACUGAUAACGUGACUACCACACCAACUGUCACACUAUCGCAAAUAGCAAAUAUACAAAAUUUGAGUAUAAAUGAAAUACCUGGUCAAUUGGACAGGGUGGAUAUCAACGUGGAGAACUUGACCGAACUGCCUAUCCUGGAAGACUCCACUGUGGACGAGGACACCACAGUAGAAUCCGGAGUGACUGUAGCACCAGCUACUACAAUAAUCACAGACCGCAUAGACGAGGUUGUCGAAAAUGACAAUGACCCAGGUAGGAACAGUGCUAAGGAACCAGUGUCUGACCAAGUAUUUGCAGCCAGCGAGCAGCAACAAUUCAGACCUCGACCAGAGUAUAGGCCUACGGAAUCAAAACCAGAAGCAAACAGUAUGGAGGGUCAACUCUAUCAGGACGUAGCAGCAAAAGAUCAAGCAGAGCCAGUAUUGAAGCUACGGGGAGUAAAUGCGUGUCCCGUGAAAGAGGAAGUGGUUGCGCCAUUCUGGGCCAACAACACACGUGGCGAGGUAUUAGCAUUGCUGAAUCUCUAUCCAUUCGAGCAAUACGUCCACUGGGAAAAAUGCACCCAUGAAAAUAAGCAGAUGUACUGCAGGGAAGGAUGCAGAUGCGAGCAGCAAUACAGGCUCCACAGACUUCUGGCAUACGAUCCGAACAACGAGUGUCGCGGUAUAUUCAGCGAUUGGUUCAAGUUUCCAAGUUGCUGCGUCUGUCGCUGUUACGAUUUACCAGUAGAAUUUCGUGUCACGUCCCGAUCGCCACGUAUGCAGCGUCAAAGACUGAGAACGAGCACGCGUAUGUCGUCCGACGAAAAACGUCACGACGUUUGACCAGCUUCGUGCUCUCCUGGAAGUCCUGGUACUAUUCCAGACUACGUAUGCUAGGACCGGACAUACCUAAAGACUCCAAGAACUCCCGCGACAGGACAAGGAUAUGGGACGAGGCGUUAAUCAAAGUGUCAGUUGAAAAUUUUUUUCGUUAUU